AUGAAGGCCAUCAGAGUGCAGUCGGCACUGGGCCUUCUGCUGCGCCCAAGAAUCGCGCCGGCCUCCCUCACUCCCCUGCAAAUGCGAUGUGUACACCGAGAAUCUGGUCCUCCAUCGAUUCCUCCGCCGAUACCUCUUGUCCCCGACGUCCAGACCUUCCUCACAGUCAUUGGACGUGGCCUCAGCCAGCAUGCAGCCAAGUUUCCAACAUGGGAAGCUUUGUUCUCUUUGACCUCACCACAACUGAAAGAGCUUGGAAUAGAGCCACCUCGGACUCGUCGGUACCUGAUUCAGUGGCGACAGAAAUUCAGAUUGGGGAAGUUCGGCAUCGGUGGAGAUCUGCAGCAUGUUGAGAAUGGCACAGCCCAGCUCAGGGUUCUGGAGGUCGAGAAAGACCCCCUGACGCGCCAGAAGCAUGUUGUCAAUGUGCCUGCUGGAAAGUCAGUAGAGGAGAUCCCGCGAGACGAGUUGGUCAAGGUCAAAGGCUACAAAGUCCGAGGUGCAAGGGCGAUCGCCGGCCCCUAUGCGCUGCCGCUGAAGGAUUCAGCUGGAUCUCAAAUCACGGUCACUGAGGGAAUGUGGGAAGACAAGAGAGGUCACAAGGUUGACGGCGGUGAACGACGUCGGGCAGAGGUCCGCUUCAGGAGGGGUGUGGCUCAAAGGAAAGCAGCAAGAGAACGCCAGGGUUUCUACUAA